AAUCUUUGCCCUUUAAUUCUAUAUUUAUAUGUGGGAAAAGCACAUCGGCGAAUGUGCGCGGGCUGAUGCCUUUUCAGCCAUUAAAUCAUAUAUACAUCUUGCUUUCACUUUCCUACCUCCCCACCACUGUAAACUCGAUUGGGAAUCUCUCUCCCCAACCCUAGAUUUGGCUUUUUAUUUUUUAUUUUUUGCUCUUUUGAUUCAUUGAUCUUUCGCUAUUUCAGGCGGAGGAUUUGUUGCGCUCAGAAAUUUUUGGCAUUUUCCUGGGAAAAUAUUGAAAAUUUUUCUGGGAAUUUUUUGGGAUUUUCUUGAUGGGAAAGGGUGGGGAGGACUAUGGGAAGCAGGAGGUUUCGAGCUCUAAGGUGAGUGGGCCGGAAGUGUUUCCGGCGUGGGGGAGGGAGGUUCAGGAAUGUGAGAAGCAUUAUGGGGUGAGUAGGAGAUCGGGGUUGAGUUCCAGCGAUGUGGAGAAGCGGCGCAAGAUCUACGGGUUGAAUGAAUUGGAGAAGCACGAGGGGCCGUCGAUUUGGAGUUUGAUUCUGGAGCAGUUUCAGGAUACUCUGGUUCGGAUUCUACUCGUGGCCGCGGUGAUUUCGUUCGUGCUCGCUUGGUACGAUGGCGAGGAGGGGGGUGAGACGGAGAUUACGGCGUUUGUCGAGCCUCUGGUGAUUUUCUUGAUAUUGAUUGCGAAUGCUAUUGUUGGGGUUUGGCAAGAGAACAAUGCAGAGAAGGCGUUGGAGGCCCUUAAGGAGAUUCAAUCUGAGCAGGCUGCCGUGAUCCGCAAUAAUCAACGCAUUCCCAAUUUGCCGGCGAAGGAGCUUGUGCCCGGUGACAUCGUGGAACUUAAGGUUGGGGAUAAGGUGCCUGCAGAUAUGCGGGUUGUGGAAUUGAUUAGCUCAACUCUGCGUCUGGAACAGGGGUCGUUGACCGGAGAGAGUGAAGCAGUGAAUAAGACAAAUAAGCCUGUCUCCGAGGAUGCCGACAUUCAAGGGAAAAGGUGUAUGGUUUUUGCAGGAACGACUGUUGUGAAUGGGAACUGCAUUUGCUUGGUGACCCAGACGGGUAUGGAGACAGAGAUUGGAAAGGUGCAUACUCAAAUUCAUGUGGCUUCCCAGAGUGAGGAAGACACGCCUUUGAAGAAAAAGUUGAAUGAGUUUGGUGAGUCGCUGACAGUGAUAAUUGGAGUGAUAUGUGCGUUGGUAUGGCUUAUCAAUGUGAAGUACUUCCUUAAUUGGGAGUAUAUUGAUGGGUGGCCGAGUAAUUUCAAGUUCUCAUUUGAGAAGUGCACCUAUUACUUCAAGAUUGCAGUGGCAUUGGCUGUUGCUGCCAUUCCGGAAGGUUUACCGGCAGUUAUCACCACUUGCUUGGCUCUAGGCACACGCAAGAUGGCUCAGAAGAAUGCUCUUGUGCGAAAGCUGCCAAGUGUUGAAACUCUGGGCUGCACAACUGUGAUUUGUUCAGAUAAAACGGGUACCUUAACUACUAACCAGAUGGCAGUGGCAAAGCUGGUGGCCAUGGGUUCUAGAGCAGGAGCACUUCGAAAAUUCAGAGUGGAUGGGACCACAUACAGUCCCUUUGAUGGAAAAAUACACGACUGGCCCUGUGGUCGCAUGGAUGCUAAUCUUCAAAUGAUUGCGAAGAUUUCUGCUGUAUGCAAUGACGCUGGUGUGGCACAGUCAGAGCAUAAGUAUGUUGCCAAUGGAAUGCCAACAGAGGCAGCUCUGAAGGUUCUGGUCGAGAAAAUGGGUCCUCCUGCAGUCGAUGAUGACAGAUCAUUUUCAAGUUCUGGUGAUCUGCUACGUUGUUGCCAACGCUGGAAUGAAAAUGAACGUCGAAUUGCUACUCUUGAGUUUGAUCGUGAUCGCAAGUCUAUGGGGGUUAUUGUCAAUUCUCACUCAGGAAAAAAGUCAUUGCUAGUGAAGGGUGCAGUAGAAAAUCUAUUGGAGAGAAGCAACUCUAUUCAGUUGCUUGAUGGUUCUGUUGUAGAACUGGGUGAUAAUUCUAGGAGCCUUAUUUUAGAAGCACUUCACGAAAUGUCAAGUGGUGCAUUACGUUGUUUGGGUUUUGCAUACAAAGAUGAGCUCCCUGACUUUGCAACAUAUGAUGGUGAUGAAAAUCAUCCAGCUCAUGGUCUUCUACUCAAUCCAGCCAACUAUUCAUCAAUUGAGAGGAACCUUACUUUUGUUGGCUUGGUUGGGCUGAGGGAUCCUCCUCGUGCAGAGGUUCACCAAGCAAUUGAAGACUGCAGAGCAGCCGGUAUUCGUGUUAUGGUCAUCACAGGCGACAACAAGAAUACAGCAGAAGCUAUUUGUCAUGAAAUAGGUGUAUUUGGACCUAAUGAGGACAUUAGGUUGAAAAGCCUAACUGGAAAAGAGUUCAUGGAACUUCGGGAUCAGAAAGCACAUCUGAGACAAAAUGGUGGGCUUCUGUUCUCUAGGGCUGAACCUAGGCAUAAACAAGAGAUUGUGAGGCUGCUUAAAGAAGAUGGGGAAGUAGUCGCGAUGACUGGUGAUGGAGUGAAUGAUGCGCCUGCCUUGAAACUGGCUGAUAUUGGCAUUGCUAUGGGUAUUGCUGGGACAGAGGUUGCUAAAGAAGCCUCUGAUAUGGUGUUGGCAGACGAUAAUUUUAGUACAAUAGUUGCUGCUGUUGGGGAAGGGAGAUCUAUCUACAACAAUAUGAAGGCUUUUAUCAGGUAUAUGAUUUCCUCAAAUAUUGGUGAGGUUGCAUCCAUAUUUUUAACAGCAGCUUUAGGGAUCCCUGAAGGGUUGAUACCUGUUCAGCUUUUAUGGGUCAACCUUGUUACUGAUGGCCCCCCUGCAACUGCUUUGGGAUUCAAUCCACCAGAUAGGGACAUAAUGAAGAAACCACCUCGUAGAAGUGAUGACUCACUCAUCAGUGCUUGGAUCUUGUUCCGCUAUCUGGUAAUUGGAUUGUAUGUUGGAAUAGCAACCGUCGGUGUAUUUGUCAUUUGGUACACGCAUAGUUCCUUCUUGGGCAUUGACCUCAGUGGGGAUGGCCACACCCUUGUCACCUACACCCAGCUUGCUGACUGGGGCCAAUGCUCAUCCUGGGAGAAUUUCACUAUUUCACCCUUCACAGCUGGUGCUCAGGUGUUCACUUUCAGCGACAAUCCCUGUGAUUACUUUCAGGGUGGCAAAGUGAAGGCCACUACACUGUCUCUUUCAGUCCUGGUUGCCAUUGAAAUGUUCAAUUCCCUCAAUGCCCUUUCAGAGGAUGGGAGUCUUCUAGUGAUGCCUCCAUGGGUCAAUCCGUGGCUCCUGGUAGCCAUGUCUGUCUCAUUUGGCUUGCACUUUCUGAUUCUGUAUGUGCCGGUUCUUGCUCAAGUAUUCGGGAUUGUGCCCCUCAGUUUGAACGAAUGGCUAUUGGUUUUGGCGGUUGCAUUCCCAGUGAUUUUAAUUGAUGAGAUUCUAAAGUUGGUGGGGCGAUGUACAAGCGGUUUUCAAACAUCCAGCACAAGGAAAUCCUUGAAGCCGAAGUCAGAGUGAGACUCUGAAAGGUUUGUUGGAGAAAUUGCUUGUAAUACUUCCCUUUGAAUGGUUGGGAUUGUCAAACAUUGGUUGUCCCAACACCGGUUGCAUCUCCAAUUUGCCCCUGUUGUUAUUGCCUAUUGAUGGCGCACACACCCAUCCAUCCUUUUUCAAAAUGAGGGAUGGAUUGGAUGUUUCAGAAUUUAGCAAUCUCCUUUUCUUCUCCCUCUCUCUUCCUUUUGAUCUUGUAAGUUUUAGUAAAAACAAAAUUUUGAUGGUCAGAAAAUGGAAAUUAGAUGCAUUCAAGAAGAGCAACUUCUCUAAA